AUGGGUCAAAGUGCAUCAGUAUCAAGAGUUAGUGACAACUCCAAAGCAGCUGCAGAUGCCAUAGCCAAUCUUAAAGCAACAAUUGAUCAACAAGAGGGAGCCAUGACUGCCAGAUUCGACAAAGAUGUCAUUGAAAACAUGAAUAAAGUUGGUGUCCAAGACCAAAAAUUGGUCACCGGAGAUAAGAAAAUCCAAACUGAAUAUGCCAGUGAAUUUAACUUGGAAAAUAUUAAGAAUGUUGUUUCAAUUGCUUUGAAGACUGCUGCCAAUUCAAUCAAAACUGGUACCAAAAGUUUUUUGAGUGACGAAAGCAUCAACUCAUUCGUCGACCUCGUUGGUGCCAUCUCUGAGAGUGCCAAGACCAACUCAUCAUCGACUACCACCUACUCAUUCUUGACGAACAAAUUGGCUCCAGGUAUCUUUGUAUGUAUUAGUACCUCCUCGGUCGCAUUGCAGGAUAAACAAUUCUUUGGAAAUCAAACUGCUAUCACCACCUCUUUCUACUACAGGGUGAUGACCUCCAAUACAGAUGAAUAUGCAUCCAACGAUUUCUCAACGAUUGCGAGUGGUAUACAAGCCAUCAAUAUUUUUAAAGACUCUCAAGUCAAGCUAGCUCAACAGUUUGCCGAUGGUAAGAUAGAAUUUGAAGAUUGGGAGUUGAAAGAUGACCAAUUUUCAAAGAGCAUUGAAAAAACAGAAAAGGAUAUUGAAGCGAAAACAAAAAAAGUUAGUGUCUUCUACAGUCCACCUCAAUCAUUAUGUGGAAGAGUUAAACCUAAACAAUCAGAAGUUUCAACGGCCGUUCAAGCACAUCAAAUUGCCAAUAAUCAUGGAAAGGUUGCUCAAAGAUUCAAGGUUCGUGUUGAAUCUGGUUACUAUGGAUAUAUUACCCAAGUCGUAAUUCUAUGGAUCUCAUUGUUGAAAUUAUUCGAUUGGAUUAACGACUGUAAUCAAUGGAGUUAA